AUGGCCGCCGCGUCGUCCGCCACCUCCGUCCACGACUUCACCGUCAAGGAUGCAAGCGGCAAGGACGUCGACCUCAGCGUCUACAAGGGGAAGGUUCUUCUCAUUGUUAACGUCGCAUCCCAGUGUGGCUUGACCAACUCCAACUACACCGAGCUGAGCCAGCUGUACCCGAAGUACAAGGACCAAGGCUUUGAGAUCUUGGCUUUCCCAUGCAAUCAGUUUGGUGGGCAGGAGCCUGGCACCAAUGAUGAGAUCGUUCAGUUUGCCUGCACCCGCUUCAAGGCCGAGUACCCCAUUUUCGACAAGGUUGAUGUCAACGGCAGCAAUGUUUCCCCCCUGUACAAGUUCCUGAAGUCUAGCAAAGGUGGCCUUUUCGGCGACAGCAUCAAGUGGAACUUCUCCAAGUUCUUGGUUGACAAGGAGGGUCACGUUGUUGACCGCUAUGCCCCGACCACUUCCCCACUAAGCAUUGAGAAGGAUAUCAAGAAGCUGCUUGGGAGCUCUUAG